CAGGGGCAUAUUACUCUUGCAGCUUUUAUUCUUGUUAUGACAUGAGCGCAUUGACACAGAUGAUACAGUAAUGUGAUACUAGAUAAACGAACAAUGUCAUCGCGACCUCAGCUGAUGGUAUUGUAUACGAAUGAUGCUGUGGAAGUUCGAUACAAGGAUGGUUCUAGACUUCAUGUGCUCCCUUGUGGAACAGGCUUUACUUACAACAAGUCACAAGAGGAUGCUCAUCCAGUUAAUGGUAUGGAGAUGAUACAGCAGAGAUGUCGCUAUGUUACGAGUGCCUACAGAGAUAUGGUGUUGUCUGCCCUUGAUUUUAGAAACCGAUUUUCAGAACAGCCAUAUCUUUCUGAAGAAUUAUUGGAAUCAGAUCAAGUAGUUUCAUUGUAUGCAAGGAUCAAAGAGAUAGCCUGGCCUAAAGUGGCAACAGGAGAAAAUACAGAGAUUCUAGAAGAUGGAAGUGUGUGUAUAACUUCAGAAGAUGAAUUUGCCAGUCUCAUUUUGUCACCUCAUCGUAGAGACUUUACCGUUUGCUACUUGUCACUGUUGAGCAAGGAGAAAUGCCGAGAGAGGACAAACAUCAGAAGGAAAGAUCAAACAGGUAAACAUUCUAAAAAAGAUAGCCAGAAGGAAGGAGUGAAUAGAUAUGCGCAAAAGUUUGACAGCAAUAUGCCAGAUGUUGUACCAAGAGAGGCUCAGAGAAGGGUAGAUGGGAACUCUGCUGGAAACUGUUAUAUUUCUGAGAACUUGGAUUUAUCUCCAGGUAAAGAGAAUAGUGAGAGAGGUAAUGUUGGACAGGACGAUUUAAAUAUUUCUCCUAUUACACAAGCUAGUUGUGCUGAUAGUCCUCAAGCUCUGAGUAAUGCUAGCGGGAGUCCAAUAACACCCCAAAAUACGGUUAAAGAUGAUGGGGCAAAAUUCCGCCCAUUUUCUACGCCAACAGAAGGACUGGAAGAUAACGAAUCACCAGUAUGUACACCAUAUGGUAAAACUGCUGUAUUUAACGACUACCUCCAGAAUAAAGGACAGGAGUGUGUUCGUUUUGCACAGGUAGAAAAUGUUGAUGGGAGUUUUAUUGGUGAAAAUUGUAAGCCUGCAAAAGAAGUGAAUAGUGAAAUUCAGAGAUCAGAAAACAAUCAAAAAGACAUGAAGCCGUUAGUUCAAAUGGAACAAAGAGGACAGAAGUCUGUAGAAACAGAUUACAGAAAUAGAGAAAGAGAUGUUUUUGGAUUUCAAAAUACCUGUGGUCUUCAAGACAUUACGAUAACGUCACAAGGCAGUGUAAAAAGUGCUUCAUCAAGAUCAAGUGGUGAAAGUGAGUCACAGACAAGAUGUAAAUACUGCUGGUUAACUCAACAUAUCUCUUGUGAUGAAUGUCCAAUGAACUGGAGUCAGGUGGUGAAAAUGGCCCGGGAUGUGGCAGAAAAAGGUGCUAAGUCCUUCAAGAAAGGAAAUGUGCCAAAAGAAGAAAAAGGAAAGAGACAGACAGACAUUUCUAAAUUACGUCAGAUUAAUCGCAAGACAUGCGUAAUGUCACAGCUGCCUCAGCCUCUUCCAUUGUCAUGCCCUGGACAACAUCUGCAUAAAAUGCAUGUAAAAAAGACUUACGAUGAUGGGAAAAACCCACUUGAAGACCCGACUACAUUUUCUCAAGGGCGCUUGAAAGUACUUCUUAUUGAUGGUGUUAUUUACAGAAUUGUUCGUCUUCCAACAAUGAAGAUUGUAGAGAUAUAUCCUGGCGAUGGCAGUGUUCUUGUCUCUCAGGGGAUGUCUGCACACUUUUUCCUUCAUAUCAUACCACAUGGAGACAAGCUAGAGGAAAGGACAUAUUCAAUAAAGUCACCUCCGUCAUCCAGCAAGGGAAGCUACUCUGUCAAGAACCUGAUUAAUCGUGCUCAUAGAUUCUUAGGAUAUGUUAGACAAGAAGAAAAUAUGCUUCCUGCAUCAGCAGGACUGUGUUGUUGGAAACAUGAAGAAGCUGCCAUUGUAGAACCAAUGUCAACAUCAGUGUUGGAUGAAUGUGAAAUCAGUGGCUAUGGUAAAUUUACAGCUCUAUCAAAUGGCCAAAUACGAAUUGCUUUCAAAGAUCGCACAUGUUUAGACAUGACAUGUGACUUUUCAAGAAGGAUUCAAAGUUGCUUAGAUCACAGUGCUGAUAAUGAAAUACAUCAGGGUAUUUCUAGAAUGUUGGCCGAUAAGAAAUCAGGAACUUGUCGUCUGCUGUUACCAAAUGGUCAGUAUCAGAUGGUAAAUACAGAUCAUCCGGGCAUCUAUAAAAGAUAUAUUGAUAUAGCAACGGAAUGGGCAGAGUGGGUUAACAGUUCCCCGGCUCAAAGAAAGAAGUUUUACAAAGAAAAAACAGCUAAGAAUUUUGAUAUAUCAGUUGAGAGGGAGCUUCAGAAGAUCCAGUGCUUUAAUUAUAUUGUGGAUAAUACUCUGUUUAAAACGACUGCGACUGGUUCUGUGAAUCAGUCAGGAGCUUUUAGACCCUACAAUGCAUCGGAACAGAAGGCAAGACCAAGCAUCUUACGUAACACAGAUCAAUCCAAAAACAAAAACUGUGGACCAGUCCAUGAAAAUACCCAAAGAACAGUUCAGAUUCACUCACCUCCAUCUGCUUGCUCUAAGUCAGCUGGAAAUAGCAUUCAGAAUUCAGUAUCAAGUGUUUCAUCAAAUUUGAUUGGAUCAAGUAGACAUUUCAGUGCUGCAGCAAAUGAAAGACUAAAUCCUAUUGGACAACCUUCAAAACCGAUCUGGGACAUACCAUUAACUUCAAAAGAACCUAGAUAUUCAGCAUUAGAUGGCUUCAACUCAGUCAGAGAAGCUCUGCUCAGAACUUCCAGUGUCAUAAAAGACAUUGAUCAAAUUCUUGAAAAGAGAUGAAAUCUAAUUAAAUAUGUACUGUC